CGUUUCGUCGAGCGACCAGCUUUAGUAGAGAGCUGCCGAUGACGAAUGAACUACAGUGGGGAAAGGAAAACAAAAGGCAGAAAAUUGGAGAGAGAGAGAGAAGCGGAAGCAAUUUCCAUAGAACUGCGGAAAUGGAAGGAGGCAAAUCGCAGGCGGGGACGGUGAUCGACGUCACUGUGAAGUUCAGCGGGAGAUCGAUUCCCGUUUCGGUGCCGUUGGAUUCCGACAUUAAAGACCUUAAAGCUCUUCUUCAACCUCUCACCAAUGUCCUCCCCCGGGGCCAGAAGCUCAUCUUCAAGGGAAAGCUGUUGGCAGACGCGAUGACGUUGAGGGAAUCGGAGGUCACCAGUGGCGCCAAGAUCAUGCUUCUCGCCUCGCAGGGACUCCACCAAGGGGCUGGGCCGAUACUGAAAGAUGCGGCAACCCGGCCAAUUUCAAGGGAUAAGAUGCCCAUAACCGAUAAGGGAAAAGCUGUUGUCCCUGACAAGAACCGCUUGGAACGCUGGAAAUCCACUGGGGUCAUUGCUUUGUCGGAAUGCAACUUAAAGGUAAUGCCCGACGAUAUUUGGGCUUGUGGGACUUCUGCAAGAGCUCUUGAUAUCAGCAACAACUCUAUUCAAGAGAUACCAUCCAAGCUUGUCUGUUUGAGUGGCUUACAGAAGAUUAUCUUGAAUGGAAAUGACAUUUUAGAUGAAUCUAUUUGCUGGGAAGCUCUAACCUCUCUGAAGCGUCUUACAACUCUAUAUCUGAGCCACAACCAUUUAACAGUGUUGCCCAAAGAAGUAGGCGGUUUGAAGUCUUUGAAGCAACUUCAUGUUUCAAACAACAAAUUGAAUAGCCUCCCAGUUGAGAUAGGACUUCUUACUGGCCUUGAAGUUUUGGGAGUAAACAAUAACAGGAUAAGCGCCAUUGAUCCAUCUAUCGGAAGCUGCAUUUCCCUUGUAGAGGUUGAUCUUUCCGCAAAUCUUUUGACAAAUUUGCCAGAGACUUUUGGCAAUCUACGUAAUCUGAAGGCUUUACACCUCGGCAACAACGGAUUGAAGACCCUCCCUUCUGUGCUGUUUAAAAGUUGCACACAACUAUCAAUCCUAGAUCUGCACAACACGGAGAUCACGAUGGAGGUCCUCCGGCAUUUGGAAGGCUGGGAGGAUUUUGAUCGCCGACGUUGCUCAAAGCAUCAGAAGCAACUGGAUUUCCGGGUGAUGGGUUCUGGGGAGUUUGAUGAGGGUGCUGAUAAAAAUUGAGCAGGUGGUGGAGAAACCUGAACUGCUUGCUUUCUUGCGGUCUACUGCCCUACUUGUCACUCAAUUGGCAGUAGUAGUGUUGUAAGCCGGGAUUCUGGUCCCAACUUGAUUUGAUACAGCUCAUGUUGUGAAUAGAACUAGUCACAGAAAUUGCACAGAACAGAGCUCAUUUUUGUCGAAAGUCGAUUGGAUAUUUGAAUUGCAGUCGCCACGGGGAUUGGCCAGUAAUAGUGUUGCAGGCAAGAUAACUUUCUUAAAACCAAUAAACCAUAUGGUUUGAC